UGGAACGUCAUUUCCACGAGGGCGGGGCUUGCAGGGGCAAAGAGGAGCGAGGGAAACAGCCGAAUAAAGAAGUUGGGCGAAUCCCCGGUCUGAGUGAGCGCACUAGGCCGCAAGGGAAGCUGAGACUGGGAAAGUGGCGGCGAAUGGAAUGGCGGGAGGAGGCUGACAGGGAGCAUAAGGCGGACACGGGCUCGGGGCAAGCCUUUUCUCUGUCCUGCAUGCUAACAGGAGAAUGAGCACUUGUCGCUGGUGCACGCCUGGUGGUGCCCUCACCACUGAACUUCUCAAGAAGUAUGCCACAAAGGAGCUGCCCAAUGAGGAUAUUGUUGGGGCCAAUGAGGACCUCUGCUACUGCAUGCAGUGUGUGGGGGAGUACCAUCGUGUCCGAGAUGAGGUCCCACUCCUUCACAAGGCCCUUUGGCAGAUGGAAACGGCACGCCUCAUUAUACAGCUGGAAAAGUCGAUGCAAGAGGAGAUAGAAGAAGACGAUGAGCUCUUUUUAGUGGAAGAAGAUGGAGAGAAGCAGCUUUUUGGGUACACAGGCCCUAAUUUUGAAAGCAACCUACGGGUGCCGCUUUUGGAAAUCCUCAAGUACCCCUACUUGCUUCUGAAUAAACAUGUCACUGAGCUCUGCACUGAAGCUUUGUGUAAGAUGGAACACGCUAACAACCCCUUUCAAGUGUACGAAAAGCUUCCUGGUGUUUACCUGCUGCUGGUGCAUCCCAACGAGGCUGUCCGUCGUUGGGCUAUUAUGACUGCUAGGACGCAAGGCAAAGUUGACCGCGAUGACUAUUAUGACCUGAAGGAGGUUUUCACGUGCCUGUUUAAGGUCAUCGAACUCGGCCUCUUUGAGAAUCCAGAUAUCUAUGGAAAUUCGGAAGUCGAAGAAGGAAAGUUAAUCCUUUUACCCUCGCACUUGUAUGACAUCUCCAACUAUAAAAAUUACUGGCUGGGUAUCUGCAUGUUACUGACUGUCCUUGAAGAACAGGCUAUGGAUUCCUUGCUCCUGUCUCAUGACAAACAGAACGAUUUCAUGCAAUCCAUACUUCACGUCAUGGAGAAGAAUACUGAAGAUGAAAACGCUAAUCCAUUCUGGCCUGCCCUGCACUGUUUCAUGAUCAUCCUCGAUCGUCUGGGAUCCAAAGUGUGGGGGCAGCUGAUUGAUCCCAUCCAGGCCUUCCAAACCAUCAUUUCAAGCCCCAGUUACACCAGUGAGAUUGAAACUAUUCGGAACAGCUACAGCAGACCGACCAAAAUGGAACCGCAUAAUGAUGACAAUGACCUGGACAUUUCGUGCAGCCAGAUGGUAUACAGUUUCAAAACUGAAAAACCAAAUAAGGACACUGGAUGGAAGAAGGCUAUAAGUCCCGAUUACUGUCCCAACAUGUAUGAAGAAAUGCAGAGCCUUGCAAAUGUCCUGCAGUCCGAAAUAGGCCAAGAUAUGCGAGUCCACGACAGCACCUUUUUGUGGUUUCUUCCCUACGUUCAGUCUGUGAUGGACCUCAAGGAUCUGGGGGUGCCGUAUAUCAUCGAGGUCAUCCAUCAUCUUUAUUUUGAAAUCAAGGAUGUCCUUAAUCAGCGAGUCCAGCAAUGCGACAAAGUUACAGAGCUGUUCGUUCUAGUUUUGGUAUCUAUCAUUGAGCUGCACAGAAAUAAAAAGUGCCUUUAUUUACUUUGGGUCAGCUGUCAUAAAUGGGUCGAAGCCUUGGUGAGAUGCUCUCUGCUUCCUGUCAAAGACGUUCAAGCCAAAAGCAAUUCAAAAAUGGCCUAUGGGAUCACCUGCUCCCCGACACAAUCUUCCUCAUCUGUUCAGCACUCUUGUCUGCAGUUGAUACGAAGCAUCUUGCGGGAAGGCUGCCAGCUUGGGCAGCAAACGACUUGCAUGCAAUACCUGGACAAACUGAAUCUCGUUCUUAGGGGAAAUAUGUCACGAACCCUUGAACUCAACAGCAACGAGGUUCGCGAUUUGCAAGCGUGUUUGCGGCAAAUUGUAAAAAUCAUUAAAGACAAGGCUUCUGCUGCUCCGAGUUCUACUUUGGAGCAGAACACAAAUAGGAUUGAAUUUGUCCCUUUCAUUAAAAGUGAAAGUGUUGAUGAUGAUGAGUACUGGGACAGAGCAUGCAGUUCUUUAGAGAAACCAUCUCCUGCAACGAGUCCUACCGAGGGCUUCGAUGGAGCAUGUUGGCUUACUGUUAAAAGGGAACCAGAGGAAGAUAAGUGUUCAGAGUCGGAGUUAAAUUACUGCAAGCCUACCAGUAGCACUGUAGCUGUGGGAAUUAAAAAGGAAUCUAUAAUACAGUCCGAACCCGCACCCCCUGCCCUAACUGGGGAGCAGCAGAACCGAAAACCCAAACAGAAUCUGAGUGAACUGAAAUCAAAGUUGUCCAAAGUACUACAGAAAUCUUCAUUCAAAAGGCAAAAUUCACUUCCGGAAAACAUAAACCAAAAGGACGAGGUCGAGAAGCAGGUUCCCCUCGAAUCCAGCGAAAAAUGUAUACCGUCUACUAAACCGGUUAAGUCAGAGCCUCAUGACUCUUUGUUUAAACCACCCUCUUGCAAUAGUAGUUAUAGUUGCAGUAGUAGCAACAUUGCAGUGACUAAACAGCUCCAACGUCUUUCCUUAGAAAACCGGGAUCCAGAGGUCAAAACGGUUUCAGUGAAAACGGAAGCUCCGCUAGAGGACAGACAAGCACCCCUAGAAAACCAAAUAUCAGUAGUAAACAGCUGUGAAAAACGUAGCUCAGAACCUGCAUCGGAGCACUGUGAAACAUCUAGUCCAGAUGACGACGAUAACCUUCCUCUAUUUGUGCUCCGUAAAAAGCUUUUACAGAAAAACAAGACACAACUCACAGAUUCGCAAGUGGAUCGAGACCUUGAUGCCUUAUCCAUGGCAGCGCAGGCAAAGUCUAUGAACUUUCAUCUUGACUCCAGCCAAGAUAGUGUCAUUUCACAAGACCAAUGUCAGAUUCAGAGGAAAGUUAAGGGGACUGCCAGAUCUCCACAUAUUGAUAGCUCAUCGUCUGAUACAGAUAUAUCCUCCGAUCAUAUCAUUACUAUCUCUGAUUCAGAAGAUGAAGAAAGUCCAAACAUCGCUACCAUUAAGUCUGAGAAGACAAGUCCCAGAGGCCUUUGUCCUUCAACCUCGACUUCGGAAUUUUCAAAGCAAAUAGCCGAGGCCCGGAUAAAAUCUGAACCACCACCAUCUCUAACAUGUGAUGACUAUGAUUCCCAGCUCUUUGAGUUUGAAACUGAGGAUGAGGUUUAUUCUGUUUGGCAAGACCCCUAUGACGACCAGAAAAAGCCAGUAGUAGCUUCAUCACACAGUGAAACUUCUGCCGAACUGCCAAUUUCUGAUCCCGCUGAUACUGAUAUGAAUAAUGAAUUCAAUGAAUGGGGUUAUGACACUGAUUACAUUUCAGAUGAUGUUCUAGAAAAAGCAGCUGAGGCUGCAGAGGAAAUGUUGACUGAUUCCAAACAGGGAAAUGGUCUUCAAAAAAAAAAUGAAAGCGUGGGUUCAGAAGGAAAUCUUUCUGUCAAGUGUGUCCAUUCCAGCUCAUUUUACAGAAAAGAUACCCCAGUGACUACAGCUAAACACGGGGAGAAAACCAAUAUAUAUAGCCCAAAGGAGGCAUCUCCAUUACCUUCCAAAGUCGUACAUGGCAAAAAAACAGAAGCUGUUGUUGCCCAAAAAGUGAAAUCCAAAUCUAAAGAACUGAAAAGAACUAAAAGCCCCUUGAAGUCAGGGGGGAAAAAUGUAAGACGUGAAAGUCUCAUCAGAACGUCACCUGCUGUAAUACCCCCGAAGAAAAUUCGCACUGGUCCAGAUCCAUCUUCCACAGUGGAAAAACUUGGCUUCAAAAAAGCACCACGCAAAGCUUUCGACUUGUCUCAGCGUUCACUGGAUAGUCUAGCAGAGCUUCGGAACCAUGGCAAAAUGGCAGGGGUUGUGGAGCCAAAGAGGACAAAAACCAAGCUUAUUUCCCCUCAAUCAUUGAUGGUUAAAUGUAACAAACAAAUGUUGGCUUGUCAAGAUCGGCAGUUUUACCUUCAGUCCAGACCAAAAAUCGAUGGAAAAAGAAAGCAGGCUGAAGCCUCUGAGGGCCGCAGUCGAAAACCUGAGAAUUCGUCACACAAAGUCGACAAAAAUGGGAAUUCGGGACAUUUCCAGGCCACCAGUAGCCAUGCUGAGGUUGGCUCAAGCACACCCAGAGAUGAUCGGAAGCUAAGCAAUAACAAAGAGUGUUUGGAAAUGAGCAGAACCUCUGCAAAUAUGUCUACCGCUCAAAAUGUGGAGGUGCCUCUGAGCUCUAAAGUGGAGAAUUCUAGCAGCCAUUUAUUGGAGCAAUCAGUGUUUUCUUUGUCCGGUGAUAAUGCCCCCACAGAUGACAAAGAGUCCAAUUAUGAUGAAGAUGAUAAUGAUUUGUUCUUAACGCAGAUGGAUCCAGUUGACAUGGAGAUAUGUUCACAAGUAGAAUAUGACAUUGCUAUUGGUGACCUUGAAAAGGGUGACACACCACAAAUUUCCAAUUUUUCGGGAUCAGAUGCUGAAAUGGCCAAAUUUGCUACAGGCAUUGGUACUGAGCUGCCCAAAAUGGAUGAUGGGUUGCCCAUGUGCAAAUACAGAGAUUGCCCAGAAAUGGUGAAGGAUGCUGGAGAUCACUGUCCUAAACACACACCCCCCGAGAAAGUUGAUGACCAUCUGUUUGCCAAACCAGGCUUGCCUCCGUCUCUUCAAAAACUUUCUAAACCUUCUACUACUAAAGUGUUUGUUUUAAGCAACACUUCUAGGACUGCCAGUCUCACAAAAGACAUUGAAAACCUCAGACAGCCACAAAAUGCUACCAAGGCUCCUAUACCAAAACUGCCCAAGCCACUGACUGCACAAAACAGGGCCUUGGAUGCAAAUAGUGUUUUAAAGCCUCUGAAUAAUCAAAGUAAUAUGCCUUCCAAGCCAAGUUACACAGCAGUACCGGAGGCCGGAAAGUCAAGUCCAUACACUUCCCAGAAACCUCUCCAACAGCGUGACCAAGGUUGGCUCAUGAGAGAGCUUCUCCGGUGGACGUUUGAAAUGUUCGACAAUGUAUCUCAGUUUGGACCCCCCAGUAACCUCAGCCAGCUACCUCUUGUGAAAGUUCCCCUCAAGUUUUCAAGUUAUGAAGAAUAUUUCAACGUUUAUUUCCCCUUAAUGCUGCUUAAUACUUUCGAAUCGCUGGCCCAGGAUUGGUCUGUGAAACAACAAGCCAUUAAUACUCAUAUGUGCAAGCUACACCUGCAGACCUUCUGCCCUGACGCUCAGGUGAAUCGGGGAGAGUUUCUGGCAUGGUUCCGCGAUACCGACCUGUGCGUGCAGCGGCACCCGAAAGAAGAUGAUUUGGUGUUUCUCUGCUUGCCUGAGUCGGGGGAGGAAGCUCAAUCCCAUGGUGCAAUGGUCUAUCACACGGGUUACGUAUCUCGCUUCAAUCGCUCACAGAAAACUGUGAACCAGGAGAAGGAGCAGUACACAUUGUGUGACCUGUGUAUCCAAACUAAGGGAAAUCUGUCUGCCUUCCGGAACCAGCAAGUGCGGUGCUUCGUGAUUGGCAGCUUGAUCACCACUCAGAGGCAGUUCAGGGCACUUCUUCAGCUGCAGAGAAAUCCGCUGUUUAGGCCGAUCAUAAUGCCCAAUCCUACAGACUUCUUUCCUAGAGAUAAUGUAGCAAGCGAGACCAGCUCAUUCCCUAGUUUAAAGGAAUAUAACAGUGAUCAGAAGUACGCAAUAGAGCGAGCCUAUGUUAUGGUGAAGCAACAACCGCGGCUGCCACGGAUCUGUUUGAUCCACGGGCCACCAGGAACUGGCAAAUCCAAGACCAUUGUGGGGCUCCUGUACAGAAUCCUCAUGGAGAAGGACAGCAGCAGCACCGUCCCGGUGCAGAACCUCAACGCCAAAAACAAGCGCAACAGAGUCCUCGUCUGCGCUCCUUCUAACGCCGCUCUCGAUGACCUUAUGAAAAAGAUCAUUCUGGAAUUCAAGGAAAAAUGCUACAAUAAGAAUAAUCCUUUAGGGAACUGUGGAGACAUAAAUCUAGUGCGCCUGGGAGCAGAGAAAACUAUUUCUAACGAUGUGGUCAAGUUUAGCCUGGACUGCCAAGUGAAUCACCGGAUCACCCGAGCUCAGCAGGACCAGGGGCUGCACAAGCAGAAAGAAAUGCUAGACAAAAAGCUGGAUGAGCUGAGCCGUCGGAGAGCUCUGGAAAAGUGCAACAAAAACACUCAGUGUGCGCCACUGGAUGAGGAAAUCGCCCGACUCUCGAAAGAAAGGCAGCUUCUCGCAAACUCUCUGAAAGAAGUGCGGAGGCGCCCUCAGGAACUACAGAGAACUAUCAUCUUAGAGUCUCACAUCAUCUGCUGCACCCUGAGCACCAGCGGGGGCAUCCUUCUUGAAUCAGCCUUCAGGCAGCUGGGACAAGAACCCUUUAGUUGCGUCAUCGUAGAUGAGGCCAGCCAGUCAUGUGAAGUAGAGACCCUCAUUCCUCUUCUCCAUCGAUGCUCUAAACUGGUCCUGGUUGGAGAUCCGGAGCAGCUCCCACCCACAGUGAUCUCUAUGAAAGCAGAGGAUCUUGGCUAUGGACAAUCCCUUAUGUCCCGCAUGUGCCGUUUUCUGGAAUCUACAGGUACAAAGUCUCCAGUGCUGCAGCUGACCAUGCAGUAUCGCAUGCACCCCGACAUCUGCCUCUUCCCAUCUCAUUACUUCUACAAGCGCAUGUUAAAAACAGACCGGGCGACUGAGGAAGUCCGGUGCUCCUCUGAUUGGCCUUUCCAGCCGUACAUGGUGUUUGACGUUGCUGAUGGAUAUGAAAGGAAAGAGCGAGAAUCAUUUUGCAACCCUCAGGAAAUCAAAGUGGCUGUGGCACUUAUCAAGCUUAUUAAAAGCAGGAAAAAAGACUUUUGUUUCCGCAACAUCGGGGUGAUCACCCCGUACCGGGCUCAGAAGAUGAGGAUCAUUGAGGAACUCAAGAGGGCUUUUGCCAAUGACAUCAAGCCAGGGGAAGUAGACACUGUGGACGGUUUUCAGGGUCGCCAGAAAGACUGCAUCAUUGUGACAUGUGUCCGUGCCAACUCUACCCAAGGCAGCAUCGGGUUCUUGGCCAGUCGACAGCGAUUGAAUGUAACGAUCACAAGAGCCAAAUUUAGCCUUUUUAUCUUAGGAAGCCUCCGAACCUUAAUGGAGAACAAAGACUGGAAUCACCUGAUCCAGGAUGCACAGAGAAGGGGCGCUCUGAUUAAAACCAAAGAGGAACACUACCAGAGGGAUGUCAACCGGAUCCUUAAGCUUAAACCUGUGGUGCAGAGAGCUCCAUUGAAUCCGAGCAGCCGACCAGAGGAGAAACAUAAGGACAAUGCUGCCACAUCUCCCCGUAUAGAGACUCCUGUGGAGAUCACCCAGCCCCCAAGAAAACCUCUCUGUCCCCCUUCACGACCUGUGAUCCACCCAGCUGUAGACUGUAGAAGGGAUUCUUUUAAAACCCGCAAUGCCCCCAGUGGGUCAACUGUCGGUACCCUACCCCAUGCUCAAAGGUCUAAGCUUCAAGACCCUAGGCUGGCACGACCCCCACCCACAUCGAACUCUGCCCAAAAUAGCACCCACAGCUCCCGUCCCUCUUCCUCAGUAGCAGGCAGCUCACACCCGGCACGUAGAGACUCACGCACUGUAAGCGAUGGCAGCAGGAGCAGUAACAGCUGGAACAGAGACUGGGACCGGGGUCGUAAAAGGACUUCUGAACUAGAACAGGAUCCCAAGAAAAGAAAGCUGUCUCGUUAGAACCGUUUUUAGGUUCCCUUUUUUAGUAGACAGCACAUUUCAGUUGUGGUAAACUACAGUGUUUAUAGCAGCAGGUUUUUUGUGUCAAACCACUGGGUCUGCAGGAACCCCUGACUUCAGCCAAUGGGAUUGUUGUACAAUAAAUGUAACAAAAAUGUAAA